CUACACGCUUGCCUGCCUGUCUGCCGGGGAUGGCGCUAUCGCUGCCUUGCUGCUGCUGGCUGGACUCUCCUCGCACCCGCCAGGGACUCGCUCAUCCGCCUUCCACCGGGGGUCCCGGGCCCUGCGCGUCGGGGAGCUCAUUCCGAUUGGUCGGGCGCUGUGGAGGCGCGACGAAGCAGCUCCGCGUAGGCAACCAAGGGGCCGGCGGGAAGGAAGAAAAGAGGACCAGGGAGUCCAGGCGGGGGAUAAAAGGGGUCAGGGGAGCCAAAAGGGCCAAAGGGGUCUCCCAGGCGCCCAGUACAUGCCCCCAGUCUAACCCCACUCGCACCGCCGCCGCCACUUCCACUCCAAACCCCAAACUCGCUGCCCACACCCUACCCCGUGGGCGAAACCAACCUGCCGCCGCUCCCAACAAAGCACCUUCCGACCACAUCCGGAGCCAGAACCCAAAGGGUACCCCAGUGGAGUGGAACCUCCCAGUGCGUCCUUCCUGCUGCCUCCAGCGCGGGGAUGGCUCCUGGACCAAGAGAGGCGGGCGAGUGAGCGAGCAAAGGAGCGGGGAGGCGAUCGGCGCACGGCGCGCGCGGGAGCCAGGGAAGGGAGGGGAGGGUGAGAACUGGAAGCAGCUGAUGGCCCGACGCGGCCCAGCUGGGUCCAGGCAGGAGGAAUGGCACGUCGACGCCGAAGCCAGCAGUGACAGCUCACUCGGCUCCCCCUCUGCCCACGCGCGCUGAAUUGUUUCACUUGCGCACCAGGAAAGUCCCAG